AUGUCCGGCAUCUCUUUUCGGCUGUGCUCUUCUGCACUCCUCCCCAUCCUCCUCCUGUGCGCCCUCGCCGACGCCGACCACCACCACCACCCCUCCUCCGGCCUUACUCUCACCCUCGUCAACAACUGCCCCUUCACCGUCUGGCCCGCCAUCCAGCAAAACGCCGGCCACCUUCCCCUCGAGCGCGGCGGCGGCUUCGCCCUCCCCACCCUCCACCACUACUCCUUCCCGGCGCCAACCAUCCACUGGUCGGGCCGGAUCUGGGCCCGCACCGGCUGCUCCCACUCCGGCGGCCGCUUCUCCUGCGCUACCGGAGACUGCGCCGGCCGCCUAGAGUGCGCCGGCCUCGGCGGAGCCGCACCGGCCACCCUGGCCCAGUUCACCCUCCACCACGGCGGCGCCGCCGACCUCUCCUCCUACGGCGUCAGCCUCGUCGACGGGUUCAACGUCCCGAUGACGGUGACGCCGCACGAGGGGAAGGGGGUGUGCCCGGUGGUCGGGUGCCGGGCGGAUCUGCUCGCCACGUGCCCCGUCCCGCUGCAGGUGAGGGCGAGGGCGGGGGCGGCGGUGGUGGGGUGCAAGAGCGGUUGCGCCGCCUUCGAGACGGACGAGCUGUGCUGCCGGGGACACUUCAACAGCCCGCAGACCUGCCGGGCGUCGAGCUACUCGACGUUCUUCAAGCACGCCUGCCCGCACACCUUCACGUACGCGCACGACAGCCCCACCCUCAUGCACGAGUGCUCGGCGCCGAGGGAGCUCAAGGUUAUAUUCUGCCAUUAA